AUGGGAUUUUCACUUUCAAAUUUUACUAGUGAUCCAUUUGCCAUUUCUACAGUAUCAUUUGGUAUUAUGGCAUGGGUAGUUGCUAUUGCAGGAGCAGCAUCAUCUAAACAAGAAAAUUUCCCUCAUUUCAGUUGGUGGGGGAUAAGUUAUCAAAUUGUUAUAAUUCUUAUAAUAUUUGUCUUAUAUGCCAAUAAUAAUAUUGAAUUAUAUAAAUUUACCUUAGUUGGAUUAGUAUCAAUUGCAUUUAUUUAUACGACGAAUUCCACUAAUAAUUUAAUUUAUAAUUCAAAUUCUGCAGGUAAUCUUUGUUGUGCUGCUGGUUGUAUAUUAUUGAGUAUUUUAAAUUUGAUUUGGAUAUUAUAUUUUGGAGGACAUCCUGAAUCACCAACUAAUCAAUUCAUUGAUUCUUUUAGUUUAAGAGGUCAAGGUCAUGAACAAUUAGGUUCUGGUUCUCAUAAUCACAAUGCCAAUAAUGCCAAUAAUAAUAUCCCCAUUGGUGCUGGUAAUGCUAUUAUUGGUAAAGGUGAAAUGUCACCUUAUGAUGAUAGAUUUGCUGCUAGUGGUGUCAAUCAACCAACUUCAGAAAGUUUAAGACUUGCUAGUGGUCCACAAAUGGGUAAUGGACCAUUUACUACUACUGGUGCCAUCAUUAACCCUAAUUUACAACAACCAUUAUCUGGUUCUAUUGGUGGAUCAGCUCAUCAUACACCUACGAAUAUCAAUAAUAAUAAUAAUAAUAAUAAUAAUACUGGUUAUAUGACAUCAUCUCAUUUGACAGGAUUAGAGAAUUUCAGUUCACCACAUGUACCAGGUAGUGGAGCUGGGGCUGGACUUGGAGUUGGUGCCGGAAGAGAUUUAACUCAUAAUAGUAAUGGUGGUGGUGGUGGUAGUGGAGGAGGACCAGCAAGUGCCAAUAAUUCUAAUAAUACUAACAAACGUAAUACGAUAUAUACCGAUUCAGAAACUGGUACCGGGAUAACAUUUAGAUAUAAGGCUAAAGCUUUAUAUAGUUAUGAUGCUAAUCCUGAUGAUAUAAAUGAAAUAUCAUUUGUUAAAGAUGAAAUUUUGGAAGUUGAUGAUAUUGAUGGUAAAUGGUGGCAAGCAAGACGAGCAAAUGGUCAAGUUGGUAUUUGUCCUUCAAAUUAUGUUAAAUUAUUAGAUACUUGA